ACCCCAGACCGCAGUGGCGGCGGCGUGGCCGGCGGGCGGUGACCACCCCCCGAUCCAGGGCCUCCGCCAGGUCGCGUCCAUUAACCUCGUGCCGAGCCCAGAAAGCAAAGGGAAGUUCACGGACUCUGGGACCCCAAGCUUUCAGAUUGAAAGGAGGAAUUUCCCAGAUUUUCUGGAGCGAGAAUACACCCUGAGCCUCGCAGCGGAAGUCCGCAGCCACGGAGAACCGGACUCUGCAAUGUUGGCUGGCUACCGGCCAGUCAGGCAGUGGGAGAAAGAAGAUAUCGUCUCUGGAAAAAACUGAGCUUUACUAAGGUUUUCCUCCUGUUGAUUUUGGUUUUCACGACUCCUUUAGCAAGACCUGUUGCUUAAGCGGGUCAGAUUCUGAUGUACAUCAUGUCCAAUUUUGAAGAUGCUGACACAGAAGAGACAGUAACUUGUCUCCAGAUGACUGUUUACCAUCCUGGUCACCAGCAAAAUGGAAUAUUCCAAUCAAUAAGGUUUUUUAACCGACAAAAACUCCCCUCCAGCGAAGUGGUGAAAUUUGGCCGAAAUUCCAACACCUGUCAUUAUACCUUUCAGGACAAACAGGCUUCCCGAGUUCAGUUUUCUUUGCAGCUAUUUAAAAAGUUUGAUAGCUCAGUUCUCUCUUUUGAAAUUAAAAAUAUGAGUAAGAAGACCAAUCUGAUUGUGGACAACAAGGAGCUGGGCUACCUAAAUAAAAUGGACCUGCCACACAAAUGCCUGGUUAGGUUUGGGGACUAUCAGUUCCUGAUGGAGAAGGAAGAUGGAGAGUCAUUAGAAUUUUUUGAGAUUCAAUUUUCUUUGUCUACAAGACCACUCUUGCAAGAAAACAACUGGCUACCACAGAAGCCCAUACCUGAGUGUGGCAGAUAUUCAUCCUGUUCCACCCAAAACAAUUCUCCUAUAGAAAUGGGUGAAAAUGAAUGGUAAACGCAGAGGGCUAAGAGAAUCAUGAAGGAUGAAGAACUCUGUAGACACUUUAUAGACAUUCCACUUAGUAAGAGUUUCUUAGUGUAGUAUAUUACUGUCAUCUAUUACUUUGUCAAACUUGAGAUCUGGUGUUAUCAUUUGAAGUCUGUAACUUGUGUUAGUCAUUGAUUUAGUCACCUGUUGCAUUGCUGGAUGUGUGAAGAAUUACUGUAAGUGUGUAUCUGUGAGCAUUAAUGUACAAAUAGUAUCCUUUGUGAUGAAGGAAUAGUGUUCUCAAAAUAUGGUUAUGUUACUUUUUUUUUAUGCCUGAUUUUGGUCCUAUGUUUUAUAUUGUUUCAUUUUGGUUUGUAAGUUUUGGUUUGGUCAUAUUAUUUCACAGUAGUCAUUUGUUUUCAAGGUCAGGGCUAAAAACAAGUUAUUAUGGGUGUUGUAGCCUGUUGGUACUUGUAGUACCAGAGUAUUGGAACAGAGCAUAAUGUUUUUUAGUGUGUCAUUGUGGUUUUAAUAUGGGAAGACUUAUUUGAGCAAUAAUACCUUGAUUUUCUGUUUUUUUCUCUAUAGAUUUACUUAUACUGUUUAUUCCCAAGAAUACCGUUUUCCUUGUCUGUAUUCAGUAUCUAAAACCAAUGUUUUAAACAUUUUAACGAA